CCUCAGAGCCUCAACUGCGUCUGUUUUACAAUCCGCCAACGAACACCCCGUUCCAGAGCAUCUUACAAAACGCAUCCAUCCCAUCAAAUCCCAAGACAUCCUCGGGCACAAUAUCCCAUCACAAUCAUGUCCACCGACGAUGGAGCCAUCAAUGAGUUCACAUCACAACCCGUCUUCUGGGUACUGGGACUUUUGACCGUCGUUUCCUGUAUCGUCACAAUCAUCAAGGCACCUAACCAGGUACCGGAAUCUUACGAUGCUAGGCGGCCGCACUGGACGAGAUGGCUCACACCUUACAUCACCUCACGACCACGGCAGCUACUCUUCGCGUUACCCUAUCUUGCUGCCUUUUCGACGCAGGUCUUGAUGUUACGCUGGGUUGGGAUGACGGGGGCGAGAUGGAUUCAGGCCAUGUUUGACUCCUGGCCGGCUCAGGGUGGCUGGGCGAUGCAGAGUCAUUAUUAUGUUGUGUCGAUCCUGGUCUUGAUUCUCUUGGUACUUGGAUCUGUUCUUGUUGGGGCGUUCAUGGCUGUCUGCCAGUUCCAAUCUAUCCUGGAGUUGAUGUAUUUCAACCUUGAUGCCGGGAGAGGAGAGAAGCGAGAGGGGAGAUGAAGGGUUUAUCAUUCAUGUUCAUCCUCACGUCCCUGGUAAAUGCCCAAGGUUCGUGGGGUACACUAUCUUGAAACCAAAGUUUUCCAAGUGCACUGGAGAGCGUUCGUUGCCAGAGAAGUGGCGAGCGGCGUAGGUUGUUGAGUGCCUUGUUGAGCUUGAGGAUAGCUCUGAAUCGAACGGCAAGCGCUAUAACUAAAUAAUCUAUCUCUU